ACCAAUGGCAAACAAAGGGAGAGAAUGAGAGGAUGAUGAUGAUGACGAUGAUCAGCCUAGUGAGGUAAAGUGAGAUUUAGUUGCACUCUAAAUCAUCUCCGUCAAAAUCAUCAUCGAAAUCACGAUAAAACUCCUCACAAUGGCAAUGAAUGAAGAAACCAUUGGAAUUGGUACCGUUUAUGCAAAUGUUGAACAGUAUACAACAUCGGCAAAUCUGGUUGAUACCAAUCAACCGGCAGCGGUUCUUAAUCAUAACACACAAUAUUAUACAACUUUGCUUCCCUCGCCGUGUUACCGUACUCAACUAACAUCUGAAUAUGAAUAUUGUGGUGAAGCCAGAGAAUGUGUUAAUUGUGGUGCGAUGUCAACGCCUUUAUGGCGUCGAGACGGUACUGGCCAUUAUUUGUGUAACGCUUGUGGACUUUAUUCAAAGAUCAAUGGGAUGAAUCGACCACCAAUUAAACCUCACAAGAAGAUACCAAAUAACCGUCGAGCAGGUCUAUCAUGUUCAAAUUGUGGAACAGCUCAAACAACCCUUUGGAGGCGUAAUAUUGAAGGUGCACCAGUUUGUAAUGCUUGUGGUCUCUAUUUUAAAUUACAUGGAGUUAAUCGUCCAAUGACUAUGAAGAAAGAAGGUAUUCAAACACGAAAACGUAGACCUAAAAAUCCAGCAGGAUCAAGUUCCCAAUUACAACAACAACAGCAGCAACAACAUCCGCACCAGCAACAACACCCGCAACAACAACAACAACAACAACAACAACAACAACAACAGCAGCUACAAAACCCGAAUCAACUUCAACACCAACACCAACAGCAGCCAUCCUCGAUGCCCCAAACACAAAAUCAUCAACACCAAAUUCAACCUCAAACACCACAAUUACAGCAACAAGUACAAGAAGCGCAACAGCAACAACAACAACAACAGCAGGCAAGGUCAACAAGAACCCCAACAACAUCAAUUACAGCAACAGCCACAAUCACACCAUCAACAGCAAUGUACAAUCACAACAGCAUCCCAACUCCAAUCAAACCCACAAUCACAAACUCUCAACAAAAACAACAAACACAACAGCCCCAUCUUACAUCAAGCAACAACAGAACCAAUGAUUGUUAUGCAUAUGAGUGUAAUCCAAUCAUUAACUUCUUUGGACGAUUGAUGUUACAUCUAGAUACAUUUGGGGUUACAAAGGUAGCAUGGCAUGAUCAUUGUUCAUAA